AUGGUAGUCCACAUCCGCGUCUCCCACAACUUCAGCACGUUGAACAGCAGCCUACCGCCGGAGCCCCCGGACAGCGCUGCGCGCGGAGUCGGUGAAGCGGACGCUCCAGGUGGCUUGAGUCGUGGCGGUCACACAGCGGUGGCAGUGUGCCUGGGCAUCAUCUUGGUAGCGGGAAUCGUCAACAACUCCCUGACGCUGCUGGUGUUUGCUCGAUUCCGGUGCUUGUGGACCCCCAUCAAUGUGAUCCUACUCAACAUCAGCCUGAGCGAUGUGCUGGUGUGCGUAUUCGGGACCCCGCUGAGCUUUGCCGCCAGUGUGCACGGACGCUGGCUCAUCGGGGAGUUUGGCUGCAGGUGGUACGGAUUCGCAAACUCAUUCUUUGGGAUCGUGUCUCUGGUCUCCUUGUCCGUCCUCUCGUACGAACGCUACACCACAGUUCUGCGUUCCUCCCAAGUGGACAUCUCAAACUUCCGGAAAGCCUGGUUGUGCAUCGGAGGCUGCUGGCUUUAUGCCCUCUUCUGGACAAUGCCUCCCUUGCUGGGCUGGAGCAGCUAUGGACCUGAAGGUCCCGGGACAACUUGUUCGGUCCAGUGGCACCUGCGCUCACCCGGCAGCGUCUCUUAUGUGCUGUGCCUCUUCAUCUUCUGUCUGCUGCUGCCGCUUCUUCUCAUGGUCUACUCUUACGGAUGCAUCCUGGUCACCAUUAGACGCAUGGGGAAGCUCAACCCUCUGACAGCACAGCGUCGAGAACAUCGUAUCCUGAGGAUGGUGCUGACAUUGGUUUCGUGCUACCUGUUGUGUUGGAUGCCCUACGGCGUGGUGGCCUUGGUUACCACAUUUGGGAGCUCACAGUUGGUCGCACCCUCCACCAGCGUGGUGCCCUCAGUCCUGGCCAAGUUCAGCACCGUCAUCAACCCCAUCAUCUAUGUAUUCUUCAACAACCAGUUUUCCCGCUGCCUCGUUGCCUUUGUCAAGUGCAAAGCGAAGCCCCCGUCAGUCCAAGCAGCACAGCCUGGCCUGAGGUCGCAGAGUUCACCAUGGUUACAUGACUUAUUCCCCGGUAUACGCCGACGCCACUCCCUCGCCAAUGCUACUGACCCCAGCCUGGACGGUAGCCGCCGUGCUCUUGUCGUCCACUACACUCCGCCUGGACCUUUUCGGACUGUCAGUCUCCAGACUGACAAAAGACGGAUCAUCCAAUCAAUACAGAGAACUCAGCGUCUGGGCCAGCUGAGCGCCGCCACUGCCCAUAGACCCCCAGAGAAGCUCAGCGUCCGAUGGGCGGGAUAA